UGUAGAAAACUGCCUGUAUUCCUAGUAAGUGCCAGCAGUUCCUAUGAGGCAGGUGUGUGUGUGCAGGGCAAUGGGUGUUGAUAGGAAUAGAGCCAAGCAAUAAAAGCCAUAACAUAUUCUGGGCUGGAGAUUCUUCAGAAAGACAGCGCUGACAUCACACCGAGUCUUCUCAAAUUCCUCUCAGCCUUCCCUCCAUCAGGUAAUUCCAACCCAAACUUGUGCAAACUCGUUUUUUCUGUGAGAGCUGCAGUAGGCGACCGGCGUGGGACGAGCUCUGUUUACAAGUCAUGGCUUAACCCCGGCUGAAGGCUGCGAGACCUGGCCCCCUCGCUACAGGGCUGAACCAGGACAGAGGAUGGAUGCGGGACAUUCGGAUCUGUCGAACUGCCCACUUGUACCUGAUGAGAUCCACAUCGAAGGGAAGUCAGAGAGACCCAGAGUUAUCUCAAAAAGCGGACACAGCAAUGUGAAAAUUGACAAGGUGGAAGGAGUUUUCCUGCUUUACCUCCAGGACUUAUGGACCACUGUUAUCGAUAUGAAAUGGAGGUACAAGCUCACCCUGUUUGCUGCUACCUUCUUCCUGACAUGGUGCUUCUUUGGCGUCAUCUAUUUCGUUGUUGCCUUCAUCCAUGGCGAUAUGAAUAUUGAACCUUUGUCCAAUCAUACGCCCUGUGUAAUGAACGUUGACUCAUUUACCGGAGCGUUUCUCUUUUCCAUGGAAUCUCAGACGACGAUUGGCUACGGAUUCCGUUUCAUCACAGAAGAGUGUCCACUUGCCAUUUUCAUGCUGGUGGCCCAGUUGGUCGUUACGACGUUAAUUGAAAUAUUCAUCACAGGGACCUUCUUGGCCAAAAUAGCCAGACCCAAAAAGCGUGCAGAGACUAUCAAGUUCAGCAACAAGGCCGUUAUUACUAAACACAAUGGAAAGCUUUGCCUUGUGGUACAAGUGGCCAACAUGCGGAAAAGCCUCUUAAUACAAUGCCAGCUUUAUGGCAAACUUCUUCAUUCAUAUGAAACCAAAGAAGGCGAGAAGAUCCUUCUUCAGCAGGUCAACAUGAACUUUAACGUGGACUCUUCUUCGGAAAGUCCAUUUUUAAUUCUACCAUUGACAUUCUAUCAUGUGCUUGAUGAUAACAGCCCGCUGAAGGAUCUAACGGCUGACAAUAUAAAAACGAAGGAUUUUGAGCUCGUUGUUCUUCUGAACGCCACGGUGGAAUCCACCAGCACGGUGUGUCAGAGCCGGACGUCGUACCUCCCCGACGAGAUCUACUGGGGCUACGAGUUUGUGCCGGUGGUUUCCUUAUCUCCACAAGGGAAAUACGUCGCUGAUUUCAGCAAUUUUGACAAAAUCAGGAAAUGUAAAGUGAUAGAAACUAUUUAUCUUGUCAAUUUUGAGAAGCGCAAACUGGAGGAAAAGUACAGACAACAAGAAUUAAAAAACAGAGAGAAGCAAACGAAUGUUUAAUCUGCACAAUAGUUUUCUUUUUUUAAUGUGCCAUAAGAGUACAAGGCUAAGAAACAAAAGCUUGAGGAAUCGGUGUAUCAGUAAAUGCUACACCAGGGUAUAACCAUAAAGCUUUAUUUCUAUGGUGAAUUCAUUGUUGAAUACACUGGAACUGGAUUAAGCAAUGACAUACUCUGGGAAAUUGAAAAGCUUGCCGCCUAGUGUACUGGUCUCCAAAAGGACCACAUUUAGCAAAACUAAAAAAACAUUCACAAACGUCCAGUAGAAGACACCAAAUGUGAAAAUAAAGGUGGCAACAUGGACAAUGCAAGGCAGUAUGUCAAUGAAUUAAGACUUUUAGUGCCAUUAUGGUACCACUAUCCCUUUUGUCCUUAACAUCUCGUAAGCCUAUGAAGUUAACUGAUACUUCACAGCCCUCGGUACUCUUUGAUAUAAAAAAAAGUGUUGCAGGAAUAUAGUUGACUUUAUUUUUCUACAUUUUUGUCAGCCUGAUAUGCGCGAUACCUUAUGAUAACACAGAAGUCUGGUUUAUGUAGGGAAACAUCAAUCUUAGCAAUGUUUUAUGAGGCAGAAACACAAAAGAAGCAAUGGUAAAUGGUCCUGUGUAGGAUGGUGUGGGCAUUGUGUACAAUAGACAACUCUUAGUAAAACUGAGCAGCAGAACACUGAAGGGAAGAUUAAUAGGCUCCUAUAGUACCUAAUGUCCUAGCAGAUUUGUUCUUACGAAGGGUUGUCAUUAUGGGGUACAGGGUUUUGCAGGUUGCAAAGGGGAAAAGGUUUGUGGGGAGCAGGUUUGUGCAGAUAGAAGGCAUGGUUUGGCUAUAGUGGGGCAGGUCGGUGGCAUGACCACGCGUGCAUAGGGGAUUUUUUUUCAUUGGGGCCCCAUUCUGCUUGUUGACAAGGCUCAGUGCCCGUGGAGUCUGGGUGACUGGUUGGGAUUAUAAUUGGGCUCCAUAUGGAUGGAGAGUCCUUUAAACUUAGUAGUAUGGGGCCCCAUGAUUACUGAUGGUGAUCCUGUGCUUAAUAAAGAAAUACCUAUGCUAGCCUAGUUCUAUGUAAUGUCUGUGCAUAUGAGUUCCAGCUGAAUUGUAUUUAGUUCAUAGGAAUACUUACACAGGCAUAGUUGUAUGGUAUAUGUCUGUAUAGGCUAUGGCCAAACCCAGGGGACUAUUCCUGCUUAGUAGAGGGCAAUACCUACGCUGCUAUGAGAAAAGGAUUUAUAACAAGUUUAGCAACAUUAUUGAGCCUUUGAAGUCCAGGUAUGUGACCAGGGGUAAAUGUAUAGCCACUUAGCCAGUGUGGAGGGCAGAACUCGGAGGUGUUGUGGGUGAUAUAGAUAUUGUAUGACAAGAAACUUCACUGUGAGUUCAGCACUGCCUUGUAUCAUCUUGACUUGGGGUAGAUUUACAAAGUGCACUGCUGGUGGGACACUUUGUGGUCUCUCAAUGAUUGUUAUGCCCAUAGAGUGCCACUAUACAGAAAAGUCUUGUUAUAUUAGGGGUGGGGGGGGGGGCUUAGAUGAAGAGAAUACAUUUCAUGAACACCUCUACUUAAGAUUAUAAGGUUAUUGGUUGGUUGUCUACUGGAUGUACCCACUGUAGGUUACAAACAUAUUCUAACGACUGUUUAGGUAUUUACCCAUGCCCUUCAGAUUCCAAAGCUUUGGGUGAGAGUAAGCAGGUCCUUUGUAACGUCCUGGAAACAAAGGAAGGAGCUGAAAAGAUACAUUUGAGGCUGGGGCUCUUUAAAAUAUGGAAGAACAAAUGUAUUUUGGGUUUAUUUGAACUAUAAUGUCAAUGAUACAGUCUUUGGGGAACCAGUAGGAACAGCCUUAAGUCAAAGGGUAAAGAGAACUACCCUACACCCAUUGAACAAACCAUAUACCUUACUAUUCAUGGGUGAGUGAUGAGUUGCAUGUUGGCGGAACCAAACGCAUUGGGAAAUAUCAAGCAGUUCAACAUUUUAUAUCACAUGACACAUAGGCACGGCCAUAUUGAGUAAGCAGUGACCUUGGUCAUGAGUGGUUGACCUCAAGCUUUGAUUGACAAGAGGAAAUUACCUCAUUGGGACCUUAGAGCAACUAUGUUUCCAAGCCUUACCUUACCUCCUUGUUCCAACGCCAGCCAAUAGGAACAUUUUGAUUGUGAUGACUUCAUAGCAUAGAAGUCACAUGACACCUUCACUUCGGGUCAUUUUGCCUGUGCUUACAGGGGUAUCUUCUGCAUUGUAUAUAUUGCUCAUACCUGGGGUAAUCAUUGUUUUGUAGGAGUCGCUUUGAUUGCUAUAGUGGUUGUCACAUUCAUAUUCAGCCAAUCACAGACCAUUUCUUUAAGAAUCUGUAAUCACAGGCCAAACGUCUUCCUCACUUUUCAAAAGACUUAAUUUCACCGCUAAUUAAGGACAAAGAACUUGUACCCUGUGACGAUCAGUUUCAUGGAAGCUGAUCAGCUGCUAAUAUUUAUCUGUAAUCUAUUGAAAGUAAAUUAAAAUAAUCACUGUAAAUUACCUUUGUAUGUGAAUAUUGUUUUGCCCUUUUUUUAAAAAAAAAUAAAGAAAAACGUCCAUCGGUUUUGCACAAUUUUAUAUUUGUUUUUGGGUGGCGGGGAUUUCUGUACUAAAGAGCCAGCGUUUGUUUAUAUCGCAGAGUUUCCAUUUGCAGCUGUAUCUCAUUGCCAACAUUAUGCAUUUUGUGGAUUGUUGUCAAUAAAAUAAUAAUUUGAAUAUA